AUGGAUUUGGACGGCGGCGAAUCCCCUUGGGGUGACGAGCCUUCGACCUCGACAAGACCGACUGAGAGCACAACAACAUCUACUACAACCACCCAAACGACGACACACGAAACCUUAGCUGGCCCUCAAUCACCCGUUCGCCGCGGACCCAGAACAUCGCGAAAAGUCAAUGCGCAAGUCACCAAACUGGAGGCUGUCGACGACACAUCAGAUCCUCUUGGACCACUAGGAGAAUCAACAAUAACAGAAGAGGCACCCACACCACCACUCAAAGAAACAGUCGGCCCACGAGUUGCGCAACCAGCUUAUUCUUCGGCGCAAUCGUCGGCUGGAGCACCCGUCGACCGGAGCGAUGAACAGCAACGUACCGUUAACCCACCGCCGGUUCAGUUUCCAGGUGCUGAGGGGCCGCAGAAGAGACAGACUCAGCCUAGUAUAAGUGUUGAACAAGCUGCGAAACCCACGUUUAACAUUACAGUGGGCGACCCUCACAAGGUUGGCGAUUUGACUAGCAGUCAUAUCGUAUAUCAGAUCCGUACCAAGACUACAUCAAAAGCAUACCGCCAACCUGAGUUCGAAGUCAGUCGCCGGUACAGAGACUUUUUGUGGAUCUACAAUCAACUACACAGCAAUAACCCCGGUGUCGUCGUUCCCCCUCCACCAGAGAAACAAGCCGUUGGGCGCUUUGAUACCAACUUUGUAGAAUCUCGGAGAGCUGCCUUGGAGCGCAUGAUUAACAAGAUUGCAGCGCAUCCUAUUCUUCAGCACGAUGCAGACCUCAAGAUCUUCCUGGAGAGCGAGACCUUUGGCAUAGACGUGAAGAACAAGGAGAAUCGCGAGCCUGAUUUGGGUCAGAGCAAAGGCAUGCUUAGCUCCUUGGGUAUUUCCGUUGGCGGAGGUGGCAAGUUCAUUGAACAUGAUGAUUGGUUCCAUGACCGCAAACUCUAUCUCGAUGCCUUGGAGAACCAGCUCAAGGCAUUAAUGAAAGCUAUCGACACCGUUGUUGCUCAGCGAAAGGGUCUCGCCGAGGCCGCCGGUGACUUUUCCGCUUCUCUCCAUGCUUUAGCGGCAGUCGAGCUGUCCCCGGUUCUUUCAGGCCCACUAGAAGGUCUCUCGGAGCUCCAACUGCGGAUACGUGAACUCUAUGAGCGACAGGCGCAACAAGACGUGCUUACUUUAGGAAUUACGAUUGACGAAUAUAUCCGACUUAUUGGCAGUAUCAAGACGGCUUUCUCACAGCGACAAAAGUCGUUCCACAGCUGGCAUGCAGCAGAGGCAGAGCUUCAGAAGAGAAGACACACGCAAGAAAAGCUGCUUCGUCAGGGAAAAUCGCAACAAGAUCGUAUCAACCAGAUCAAUGCUGAUGUGGCUGAUGCAGAGCGCAAGGUCCAUCAAAGCCGAUUAUUGUUUGAGGAUAUGGGCCGACUGAUGAGGAAUGAGUUGGAGAGAUUUGAGAAGGAGAAGGUGGAGGAUUUCAAGUCGGGUGUGGAAACAUUCUUGGAAGGAGCUGUCGAGGCUCAGAAAGAGUUGAUUGAACUAUGGGAGAGCUUUCUGCUGCAACUUGAUGCCGGAGAAGAAGGGAACCCAUUGUACCCGCCCCAUCCGGAGAAUCACGGAGGCGAAGAACCAGUGGCAGCCGAGUCUAAUAGUGAUUCUGCGCAAACAGAUGCUAAUGAAGAAAGGGCUGCUGCUGUUGCUGCCGCCGUGGCGGUAGAGGAGACUCAUUAG